GAAUUUAAACUUUUGCGAUCAGUUUGAAAUUAAAUACCGUAGCAUCAGCUUAAAUUGUUUCGAGAGCAGUAUUUCUUACAUCUUAAUCUUAAGCGCUAGUAACUAACUAACAAAAUGAAAUUUGCAUUCACCUUCGUGUUCAUCGCACUAUUUGCACUUGUGGUAGCAGCCAAUCAAACGGCGAGUCACAAUCUUAUCCUGGGCACACGACUGCCAGGCGAUCGUCAUUUGGUUCGCGAAGUAGUCUUCUCUAAAUCUGGAUUUAUGCGCAAGAAGUCCGGUGACUAUAUGUUCGAUCAGCGGAAUGUACCUUAUCCAGCGAUUAUUACAAGCAUCGAAGUGAAGGAUCAGUAUAUAAAUGGCAAUGGUGGCUUUGCAACGCUUACGAGCGGUGGUCCAGGCUUCAAUUUCGUGAAAUUACAUUUCACUAGUCAAUGGUGGCGUGGCUAUAAUUUCGUCAUUGAUAUUUAUGGAAAGUAACUGUUAAUUAGCAGUAACUCUUUAUUGGUUAAAACUGUGCAAUAUAAAUAUUUGUGAUCUUCUUAACUCGAACUCGUGCAAUAAAGCGUGAUUUUACUAGAAAAUUUUUUAAAAA